AUGCUUAUUGUUGAUAAAAUUAAAUUCAAAAUGAAUUAUCUCUACCUCCUCUUAUUUACAAUUGCCAGCUCUGAGCCUGUUUUAAAUGAGUGCCAAACUGAGUGGGCAAAAAUUAUUGAAUCAGGAAAAGAUAUACUUUCUUCAAAUCGUUCAGAUUAUACCAAAAUGUUCAUGUAUUCAGGAUUCACCCUCAAUAAUCUCGGUCAGUAUGACUCCUGCAAUGAACUAUCCCACGCAAAGUAUGUUAUUAUGCUAUUAUCAGGGCAGCCUCCUUUACUAAUAGCAUUAUGUGGGCCUAAGGUCUGCAAUGAAACUGAUUACCAAAAUAUUUUCCCCAAAUUUUUAUCUAAUGAUUUUGAUGGAGGAAUAGUACCUUCUUCCUUAAAAUUGCCACUAGAAGCUGCAAGCCAAGGGCCAUUUAUUAUGUUUUCUAAAGAAUUUGCAGAUAAGCACUUUGAUAGUUAUAACGCUGGGGCUAUUCUUAUGAUUAUUUUUACUUCAAUAAUAAUAGGAAUAAUUAUUAUAGCUACAGGUUAUGAGUACUGGAUCACAGAGAAAGCGUCGCUUACCAAGCAAAUUGAAAAAGACUCAAAGCCUCAGCAGCUAUCAAAUGCAGAAAAAUAUUUAUUAUGCUUUUCGUUAAUUACAAAUUUGCAGAAGCUGUUUUUAAGUAGAAGUCAAGAAAAGUUUGGGAAAAAAGACACGUUGGAGGUGCUAAAUGCAAUGAGAGUUUUGUCGAUAGGAUGGGUUAUACUAGGCCAUACAAUUGUUAAUGCUAUCACAAUUUCGGUUUUAGCAAAUCUUGAGGAAAAAUUUGCAAUAAUAAAAUAAAUUUAAAAUUAAUUAAUGAAUUAUAAAUAAAAAAUUUUUUUUUAUAAUUAUUUUAGCAAAUCCCAAUAAACUUUUAGACUUUAUUAAAACAGAAAGCAUGGUUAUCCCUCUCACAGGAACUUUUUCAGUCGACACAUUCUUUUGGAUUUCUGGAUUCCUCGUCAGCUACUUAUUAAUAAUUGAACUGAACAACUCCAAAAAAGUGAAUUGGAUCAUGGUUUAUGUCCACAGAUAUUUAAGAAUCGUCCCACUGUAUUUAUUUAUCAUUUUAUUUUCUUGGGCACUCCAAAAGCAUAUGGGCAGUGGGCCAAUGUGGUGGAACGAAUACUGGUAUAACAAUGACUGCAAAAAAUGGUGGUGGACUAAUAUUUUAUUCGUCAACAAUUUAGUGCCUGAUUGAAAAGGCAGCAAUUGUUUAGGCCAGUCCUGGUAUUUAGCUGAUGAUAUGCAGUUUUUUAUUAUAACUCCUCCAAUUUUGUAUUUAUACCAUAAAUUCAAUAGAUAUAUUGGGUGGGCAAUUUUGACAUUUUUAAUUGGGUUUUCUAUCAUUAUUUCAGGGGUAGUUGCCCAUCAUUUUACUUUAAAUGCUGUUGGGUUUUCAUCAGAAUCGUGGACGAAUUAUAAUAAUUAUUACUAUAUAAAGCCGUAUUGCCGUGUAGGGGUAUAUGCGCUUGGGAUUAUUACUGGAAUUGUUGUGUAUUCGUAUCGCCAGUAUCAAAAAGAUCAAAAAGUUUAUGACCCAUUAGGUUUAUAGAGUUUGCGCGCAUUAGCGUGCUCUUGAGCUAGCUCUUUCCUUGCAAGUGAUAAGUCUAACAAGCCACUAAAAGUGACUAGUCAACUCCAAAGUGACAAAAGCUUCAGAAUUUGUCGCCUUGAAGGUGACUUGCAUCAUUAGGUGGCUUGCUAGACUUACCAGCUGCAAGGAAAGAGCUAGCGCGAGAGUAGGCUAUAUGUGGACAAGCACUAUAUGGAUUGGGAAAAAGUUGGAAAAUAAAAUUAUUAGAUACAUUGUUGGGUUUUUGGGACUUGCACUUAUCAAUAUAGCUCAUACCCCUUUAUAGAUUUCUUUAUCGAGCAAAAUGUACUGGAUUAUUGAACGACCAAGAGAGACUCUAUUAAAGGAACGGGCUGGAUAUCUAUAUCAGGAAGUGCUAAAAAGUGACAUGCCAAAAAAUGGUGACAAGUCUGAAAAAAGUUGACAAGUAAACGCGCCAAUUUUUAAAAUGGAUUUAUUAUUAAAAUAAUUUAAAACUUAAGAUAUUUUAAUUUUAAUCAAUAUUUAAUUAUGCUAAGUAUUUCUCAUAUGAGUCGAUAAGAACUUUGCAUAUAUUUAAAAUCACAAGACACACGCACUUCGCAAAUUAUAGUUUUAGUCUCAUAAAUAAAUUAGCAUAAAAAUAAAAAAAUUCUAUCGAGCCGGAAAAAUGCACAUUGAGUUGAAAGUUUUUUAUUUUCACUUAUAAGCCAUAUUUAAAUUUUGCUAAGUACUUCUCAUAUGAGUCGAUAAGAACUUUGUAUAUAUUGAUAAUCACAAGCCACGCACUUCGCAAAUUAUAGCUCUUGUCUUCAUAAAUAAAUUAGCAUAAAAUAAAGAUAUUCCAUCGAACCGGAAAAUGCACAUCGAGUUGCAAAUUUUUUAUUUUCACUUAUAAGCCAUAUUAAAUUUUUGCUAACUCUCCCCCCCCCCCUCCGUGAGCGAACAAAAAAAAAUUUUGUUCGCUCACGGAGGGGGGUUAAUUUUUUUUUUUUAAAAAAAUUUAUAUAUAAAUUUUUAUAAAAUAUAUUUUUUUCGAAAUUUAAAAAAAUCCUAAUUUGCAAAAAAUUGGGAAGCAAAUAUUAAUUUAAUUUGCAAAAUUUAUGUUUUAAAACGCAAUUUGUUUAAAAUUAAACAGAAUUAGCUCUAGAUUUCAUUAUACUAAUUAUCACUUAUAUAUCAAAAUUUUUUUCCAUUAAAAUUUUUUCUAUUAAAAAAAUUUUUGUUCACUCACGGAGGGUGGGUUUUUUGGUCAAAAAAUGGCGAUUUUUCUAAUGGUUUUGUUCGCUCACGGAGGGGGGGGGGGGAGUAAGUACUUCUCAUAUGAGUCGAUAGAACUUCUUAUAUAUUGAGAAUCGCAAGCCACGCACUUUGCAAAUUAUAGCUCUUGUCUUCAUAAAUAGAUUAGCAUAAAAUAAAGAAAUUCUAUCGAGCCGGAAAAAAAUGCACAUUGAGUUGCAAAUUUUUGAUUUUCACUUAUAGGCCAUAUUAAAUUUUUGCUAAGUACUUCUCAUAUGAGUCGAUAAGAACUUCUUAUGUAUUGAGAAUCACAAUCCACGCACUUUGCAAAUUAUAGCUCUUGUCUUCAUAAAUAAAUUAGCAUAAAAUAAAGAAAUUCUAUCGAGCCGGAAAAAUGCACAUUGAGUUGCAAAUUUUUGAUUUUCACAGCUAUUAUUAAAUUUAAAUAUAUAUAAAUCAAAAUAUUUAAAGCCAAUAUAUAAUGUGUAAUUAUAUCUUCUGUAUAAUUGAGUAUCUUAAGUUUUAAAUUAUUUUAAUAAUAAAUCCAUUUUAAAAAAUUGGCGCGUUUACUUGUCAACUUUUUUCAGACUUGUCACCAUUUUUUGACAUGUCACUUUUUAGCACUUCCUGAUAUAGAUAUCCAGCCCGUUCCUUUAAUAGAGUCUCUCUUGGUCGUUCAAUAAUCCAGUACAUUUUGCUCGAUAAAGAAAUCUAUAAAGGGAUAUAAGCUAUAUUAUCAUAUGGGUAGAAUAUGACACUACGAAAAACCCAGGAUCUGCAAUGGAAUUUCCUAAUUGGACUGAUGAAGAAAACCAAACUUUUAUAGCUUUUAAUAGGUUUGUGUAUGGCCUUGGGUUAACCUUGAUUCUUCUUCCUACACUUUUAGGUCACUUUACAUGGAUUAUAUGGAUAAUGUCAUUAGAAAUCUGGACUCCAUUAGCAAGAUUAACGUUCUGUUGUUACUUGGUGCAGUCUAAUGUUAUUGAUAUGAUUUAUCAUGCCCAAACUUCUGCAGUUUACUUAUCCUACUAGCAGACCAAAGCCAUUUAAUAGUAUCAAUCAUAUUACGAUCUAUCUGUAAUUUUAUUAAAAAUAAUUUAUUAUGAAAAAACACUUCAUCCCAUAGCUAAAAAUAUUUUUAUUAUUAAAUGCUAAGGGUUAGACAAUUUCUUGAUCUUCAAAGAUGCGACAUGAAAUUUCAUGUUCAGCUUUUUAAUUGCUUGGCCUUUUGUCCUUAUGAUCGAAAUGCCUGCACUAGCACUCGAAAAAUUAAUGUUUUCCUCAGUAAGAGCAAAACAACCGCCUAUUCAAGAUGAAGAGAAAAGUAGGUCUCUUUUGGUCAUGAAUGGGAAGAAAUCGGAAGAAUAA